AUGGCGAUAUGUCAGAUUAGUGUUAGUUGUUUGCUUUCAUUACCUCUAUUAGUGUUCGGAACAUUUCGAGAACAAAGUGUAGCUGUGAAAGGGAUCGUGAAUUGCCGAGGUAUACGUCAACCCGGGGCUUUUGUACAGCUUUACGAUGAAGACAUCAUUCCAGUCAUGGACAGUGACGAUUUACUGGGUUCAACAACGGCCGAUGAGUUAGGAGUGUUUUGUGUUCGAGGAUACACAACUGAGAUCAGUGCUAUUGAACCGUACAUUUAUAUUGAACAUAACUGCGGCUAUGAAGGACUGAAUAAGAAGCACUUCUUCAUCCGUACGAUCCCACCUGAAUUCAUCAUGGAGGGAAAUUUUUCGAAGAAAACGUUUCACAUGGGUGAUAUUGAGCUGCUUACAAAAGACGCCCCAGUUCAACAGUUUGAAAGACGUGUAUUAAUUCAUCAUCCUCACCGUCAUCACCACUAUCAUCAUCUUCGUCAUCAUCACCAACAUCAGCAUCCUUACUACUAUGGUAAAACCACAUUACAGGAGCAAAUCAUUCAAUGCAUUCCUCACUACGUGGCAUAUCGUGACUACUACGAGCGAGUGGUUGUCAAUGGAGCUACUGCCUACAACAAGACUAAGGUCGAAGAGCAAGCUUGGAAGGAGAUGGGUGAAGUUACCAGACCUUCACAUGUUCUUGAACAAAACGAAACUCGCAGUUUUAAAUCAGAGGCACAUUUAGAAAGUCGCAGCGAGAUUCACAUGACAGAUACGGAAACCCGAGAACAUGAAACUAGAGGACCUCAAGCACCACUAAAGAGCGCUGAGGCAAAACAGCAAGAGUUGGAAGAGCAAGAAAGAGAAAAAUAUACAAGGUUAGACAUGGGAAGAAGAGUAGAGGAGGAAGGUUUAAGAGAAGCGGAAAAGCGGAAAAGACUAGAUGAAGAAAAAAGAAUAGUAGAAGCCCGUAUUAGAGAAGAACAACUGAGGAAAGAGGAGGAAAAACGGCGGAAUGAGGAAGCUCGUUUUAGAGAGCAGCAAUUGAAGGAAGAGGAGGAAAUGAGGAAGUUAGAAGAGGAGCGAAGACGAAUACAGGAGGAGCGAAUGGAAAUUGAAAAGCAACGCUUGAAAGAAGAAGAAGAAAUCCGGAAAGAAAAAGAGAGUCGAUACGAAGAAGAACGCAGAAAAGAGGAAGAACGGAGACGAGAAGAAGCUAAGUUGAGAGAAGAAGAAAGAAGAAAAGAAGAAGAGCAGCGAAGACAAGAAGAAAGACGACGUGACGAUGAACGUAGAAAAGAGAUGGAGGCAAGACGUGAAGAACACAUGCGCCGGAUAGAGGAAUUUAGACGUUUGGAAGAGCAGAGGCGUUUGGAAGUGACCAAAUUUGAAGAAGAACGACGACAGUGGAAGGAAAAAAUGAAAGAGGAAGAGAAAGCUCUGAAGAAAAAAAUCGAAACGAUGUGUUCACGUGAUGCUGCGAUUAGAACUGCAGAAGCACGUGUGAAAUAUUCAGAUGGAGUGGAUCCGUGCGACGACAUUAAGGAAUUCUAG